AGCAUCUAUCCCUCCAUCCAGCAUCCUGGGAGGCGCUUAUCCUGCGUGCGCUCGCUCGCUCGCUCCCUGGGAGCAGCCGCCGGUCACAUGAGCCCGGAUUUUCAGGCCAGCUCAUUAGUCAGCCAUCUUGGUCACCACCCUUGCUCGCAGCCUGGCCGCCGCGUCCUCCCGGUGCCUGGGCUUCCAGGAGCAGAGGCCCGCCGUGACCCGCGAGCCCGGGACCCGUUCUUUCUCGGAGGCCGACAGGAGCCCCAAACGCCUUUGGGGGGCUCUGCUUCCCCUGCCCUUGGGCCCGGUUUUUCGCCCUGCUGAGCAGAGGCCAGGCUUCUGAAGCCAGGCGGGGUGGCCGCGGCCCAGCGGGAUUGUAGCCCGCCCGGGAAAGCCUCGGGAGCCGGGAGGGGAAGGAGCGCGCGCAAGGCGGGCUGGAGGAGACGGGCAUCCUUGGCUUUUCGCCCGUGUGGUAGGGGCGAGCCCAGAGAAGAAAGCUAGCUCGGCGUUGUUUAUUUCUAGGGAUCCAACCUUGCCCUCCAAGGGGUUCCUUCUUUGCUGCGCCGGGAAGCCCUAUUCUACUGAGUCAUCAUGUCCGCCCUGACACCUCCGACCGAUAUGCCAACCCCUACCACAGACAAGAUCACACAGGCGGCCAUGGAGACCAUCUACCUUUGCAAAUUUCGGGUGUCCAUGGAUGGAGAGUGGCUAUGUCUCAGGGAGCUGGAUGACAUCUCCCUUACACCAGACCCAGAACCUACCCACGAAGACUCUUGGGAGGAUUUGACAGAGUUGGUGGAGCAAAUACGUGGCGAUACAGAAGAUCCCAAUUAUCUGAUGGCCAAUGAGCGGAUGAACCUGAUGAACAUGGCUAAGUUGAGUAUAAAAGGGCUGAUUGAGUCAGCACUGAACCUGGGCAGAACUCUGGACUCAGACUAUGCCCCUCUCCAGCAGUUCUUUGUGGUCAUGGAACACUGCCUGAAGCACGGCUUAAAAGCUAAGAAAACUUUUCUUGGGCAAAAUAAAUCCUUCUGGGGCCCACUAGAACUGGUGGAAAAGCUUGUUCCUGAAGCUGGAGAGAUAACAGCAAGUGUCAAAGAUCUUCCAGGCCUUAAGACUCCUGUGGGCAGAGGGAGAGCCUGGCUCCGCUUGGCAUUAAUGCAGAAGAAGCUCUCGGAAUAUAUGAAAGCCCUGAUCAAUAAGAAGGAGCUUCUCAGUGAAUUCUAUGAGCCCAAUGCCCUGAUGAUGGAAGAGGAAGGGGCAAUCAUCGCUGGAUUGUUAGUGGGUCUGAAUGUCAUCGAUGCUAAUUUCUGCAUGAAAGGAGAAGAUUUGGAUUCCCAGGUUGGAGUUAUAGAUUUUUCAAUGUAUCUUAAGGAUGGGAACAGCACUAAAGGUAGUGAAGGAGAUGGCCAGAUUACUGCUAUUUUGGAUCAGAAGAACUAUGUAGAAGAACUCAACAGACAUUUGAAUGCAACAGUGAACAACCUACAGGCCAAAGUGGAUGCCUUAGAAAAGUCUAACACUAAGCUGACAGAGGAGCUGGCAGUUGCCAACAACAGGAUUAUCACACUACAAGAAGAAAUGGAACGUGUCAAAGAGGAAAGUUCCUACAUAUUGGAAUCUAAUAGGAAGGGCACCAAGCAAGAUAGAACUGCAGAUGGGCAGGCACUGAGUGAAGCUAGAAAACAUCUAAAAGAGGAGACACAAUUACGACUGGAUGUGGAAAAGGAAUUGGAGAUGCAGAUCAGCAUGAGACAGGAGAUGGAGUUAGCUAUGAAGAUGCUCGAGAAGGAUGUGUGUGAGAAGCAAGAUGCCCUUGUCUCUCUGCGGCAACAGCUGGAUGAUCUCAGAGCUCUCAAACAUGAGCUUUCCUUUAAGCUACAGAGUUCAGAUUUGGGAGUCAAACAAAAAAGUGAAUUGAACAGUCGCUUGGAGGAAAAGACCAAUCAGAUGGCUGCUACCAUUAAACAACUGGAACAGAGAUUGCGCCAGGCUGAGCGAGGCCGCCAGUCUGCUGAGGAGGACAACCGCCUUUUCAAGCAGGACUUUGGGGACAAGAUCAACAGUUUGCAGCUGGAAGUGGAGGCACUCCUCAGGCAGCGGAACCAGCUUGAGCAAGAGCUGAAACAGGAAAGAGAAAGAAGAUUACAAAGUAGUCAACGUUUUCCAGAGAAAGUCUCACCAAAGCCUGUACCCAAAAUGGACGGGAAGCAUAAAAUCCAAGAGGAAAAUGAUAAACUAAAAAAGCCCUUGGAAGAAGGCCACACAAUUCUCCCUACCAAACUGCAGCCUCACUCUGAUGAUCAGCAGGAUCAGCCGUCCCUGUUGGGAAAGCCACAGAGGUGCCAGCUGUGCCGCGAGGAGGGCAGCCCGGCCAAGAACGUGUGCAAGAACUGCGGGGGUACCUUCUGCGGGGCCUGCUCAGCCCGCGAGCUGCCCCUGCCUUCCAGCAUCCGCCCGGAGCGAGUUUGCAACCCUUGCCACGACCGCCUGCUCCAACAGUACUCAAGUCAGCCCCUCAUAAGGCCGAGGACGGAACGGGAGGAAGCUCUUCCCACAAAGGCAGGCCUGAGUCAGCCAGGGUUGGGAGAGGGAAUCACUGUGGUCAUGGAGAGCAGGCAGGGACGCUGGAAGUUCUCAGAGCUGCCUUCCCUCCUUCCAAGUGAUAGCAAAUAAACGUUGAGUUGACCUUUGUCUCCUCUUCCAAGUGCCCUCCCUUCAAGAGCCUAUUUAGCAUCUAGGAUGACUUUAUCCGGACAGAUAAGCUUAGGAACAGAGGCAGGGCCACUUCUCAGAGGAAACGUCCGGACCAUGAAAGAACUGGGUACGUUCAGAUGAGUUUCCUCUGGGACCUGUUGAAUUGGCAGGCUGAGAAGAACAAACGAUUAAGGCUAUUUUUUCCCACCACCAAAUGCUGCUGGGGUUCUUCCAUCUCCUCUAAUCAUUUUUUUUGAAACUGUGAACUUGACCUCAGGGAUACCAGUCAUAUAUUCUGAAUGUACUUGUCACAAGGUGGCAAUUUAUUUAAUCUACUUUUAGCACCAAGACCUUCCUGCUGUGGCCUAAAUACUGCCACAAGAGCAAAAGUAAAGUGGGGAUAACUUUAGAGACAUGGCUACACUUCAUCCCCCUGAAGUCCCAUUUAAUUUUUAAUAGGUCAGUCCCAGGUAAAAAAGAUAGUUGCUUCCACACUUGUUGGGUUAGACAUUAUACAAAGUCCUUCAAUGUGAACUUCACUCCUGAAGUGUCACACGUACUAUCAGACAGUCACUGUCAGCUUUCCUUUUUUAAUUUUGUUAGAGGACUGGUCACUGGCAGUAAAAAAAAAAAAAGACAUCAUUCAGAAACCACAGCAAAAUGAAAAUGCCUCAAUUUAAAAACUGUAGGGAGAGUCAAGAGUACAAGGACUUUAGCUUGAGAAUAGGGAACAAGUCUUGGUUAAACCAAGCAUAAAUUAAACCUGGAUCUCAAAAGUCCAUAGCUGAGAAUGAAUGACUGAAAUUACUGGGAUGUGAAAUUUUAAUAGCCACUUUCUCUACGUGGGGUCUGGAAUUUAGAUUUAUUUUCUCCCCUGAGGCAAGUGGGGUUAAGUGACUUGCCCAGGUUCACACAGCUAGGAAUGUUGUGUUUGAGGCAACAUUUGAACUCAGGUCUUCCUGACUAAAGGGCAGGUGCUCUAUCUACUGCACCACCUGGCUGUCCCUUAGUUUAGAACCAUAAACAUGUUUUAAUAGCAGAAAUAAGGAUUUGGCAUUGGUAGCCCCCUUUGACAAGUCACAUGGAGACUACCCUUGGGUACAAAGAAAAGCAAAGGGAGGUAAGAUGUGAAAUGUUUUCCCUAUAAAAAAUUCUCUAUGGGAGAAUUGUGAGACAAAAUUUUGAGUUUUUCUUGCCCCAUUUGCAAGCUAACACAACAUUCUGUUUGGGCUUAAAACUCUGGAGAAAGAAAUUAUGAUAUUUUUAUAAUGCUUGUUUGCUAAAAAUAAUAUGGGGCUUGAGAAGAGUGAGGUGAUCUUAAGGAUUGUUGAGAGAAUCCCUCAGAAAAUUAGUAGUGCUACUUGAUCAUUGAAGAUUCCUGAGGGAAGAUAAACUAUGGCUCAGCAGUUUUUUCUCUAGGUGAUUAUUACCGAUUGAUUUUUGUCUAGGCUUCUUGGGAAGUAAAAGUUAUUUUAAAAUGGCAAGGUAUUUGGGAUCUGUCGGCCCUAAAGAGGAGACAGUUAACUCAUUGUUCAGGGUUCUAUUCAAUGAGGUUUUCUUUUGAUUUUCAAAAAAUGAAGCCUUUAACAGAAGUUGAGUGAUUGUUAUUAACAUUACUGCUUUUCAUUAUGAACACACAGUUUAGUUGUGUCCUUUGUCUGUGGAGCAAAUAACCCCCAAGUUAACAUUUACAACAGAUGCUUGAAGGCUAACAUUUUAAUAGUUGGCCUGCGACUCGCCACAGACCCAUAAGAGUUCCAUUUUGCACAAGAUUACCUGCUGCUUCCUCUGCUAAUGCAUUAAAACAAUCUAAUCAAAUGAGUUAGCAGUUAAGGAGAAUGAAAAUUCCUGCUUUUGUAUACAGAAGCAAUCAACUUUUUUCUUUUUUUGGCUGAGGCAAUUGGGAUUAAGUGGCUUGCCCAGGGUCACACAGCCAGGAAGUAUUAAGUGUCUGAGGCCAGAUUUGAACUUGGGUCCUAGCUGCCCCUGUUGACCAAGUUUCUAAAGAAAUAAUGUAGAGGUGUCACUGCAAAAACUUGUUAAAGCAUAUUAAAAGAAUGAGCCCAGCCUUUCAGUAUUCCAGAGUCUCAUUUACAGUUUUCCAGAGUGAUUUUCACUUGGGGUCUAUUAUAUCCAGCAUUACAGUAAAGUACCUAACCCUGGUUUUCAGAUCUCAGCUCCCUGACAGCGAGGAUACAUUUAGGUCCUGGAUAGGUGUCGCGUUCCCCUAAACUACCUUGCAUUUGAAGAUUGUGGAAGGGGUUUUGUUCUUAAAUAAAUAUUUGUUUGUUGAACAAG